CAGUCAUCAAGAUGACAAUUCCCCGCAAACGGCGCGAAUCGUUCAAGCGAAGCGCGCUGCGAAAGCACCAUGAGAUAUACAUACCCACGAGCCCCACGACCCAAAUGGCCAUUGUGAGCCCAACCCUGGCCAAGUUCAAGCCCCCAAUGCUCAAUUUGACCGAGUCGGGAUUGACUCCUUCGCCGUUGCCGGCCACGUCGCGGCCAUCAACGCCUCGUCCUCCAUCUCCUCGCAUGAAACCAUUGCGGCCAGCCCAACGAGCGCUUCUCGUCGACUUUCUAUAUAGGGAGGUCUUUGGGUUCAUGGACAUCAAGGAGAGCGAAGGCCCACACAACCAGCAACGUGUGGUCGACUUCUUCAAGUCCUUCGUCGAAAUGGAAAAGCUGGUGAUCUACGGUCUCGUACUUUGUGUCGACAGCUUCCUUUACGUGUUCACGUACUUGCCACUGCGCAUCCUCCUCGCACUGGGGUCGGGGGUCGUGUCGGUGUUCUGCACACGAAUCUUUCGCCGAUCCCACGUCCACGACGUUCUCACAGCAGUCAUCAUGGUCCUGAGUACCGCCGUCCUCAUGCAGGUCGACAUGUCUCGGGUGUACCACCUCAUUCGGGGGCAAGCGCUGAUCAAGCUGUACGUGCUCUUCACCAUGCUCGAGAUCUUCGACAAGCUCUUCAGCUCCCUCGGCCAAGACGUCCUCGAUGCCAUGUACUUUACCGUGCGGUACCAACCGCGGCGCGUCGGCCGCAUGAUGUUUGACUUUGCCGUGUGCAGCAUCUACGUCGAUAUCCUUUUUGCGUGUGUAUAUAUUCAUGUUUCCGUUGAAUUCCGUUCGACCAUCGCAUCCGUCCUCCUUGACCAUGCCUGCACUGCUCCAUUCGCUCCUCCUGUUCGGGCAAGUCGUCACAAUCAACGUCGCGAUCCACUCGAGCAGCUCGUCGCUCAUGACGCUCCUCAUCUCCAACAAUUUUGCCGAGCUCAAGAGCAGCGUGUUCAAGAAAUUUGAAGAGCAAAACCUUUUCCAAGUCGCUUGCAGCGAUAUCGUCGAACGGUUCAAGCUCAUGCUGAUCAUCGGGCUCAUCCUGGUGCAGUUUGACGGGAAGGACGUCGCCGACGCUUAUGGUGCUGGCGGCCGAAAUGCUCAUUGACUGGAUUAAGCACGCGUUCAUUAGCAAGUUCAACCAGAUUCCGCCUACAGUCUACUCCAAGUUCCUCACGGUCCUGUGCCGCGAUGUAUCUGGCUACCGCAGCGACACCGUACGCUUCGCACUCUCCGAUCUGUCGUUGGUUGUGUUGAGCGCGGUCGGCCUGGUGACGCAAGUCUUCUAGACCUUUCUCGACCAUUCGCAGUUUGUGUCGAGACGUCUCGGGCUCAUUUCGCUCCCACUUGCGUGCGUUGUCCUGCGCAUGCUAUGCAAGGCCUUGCGCGACUUUGACGUGUGGAAUCAACUGCACACGCCGUCGGGAGUGGUCAUCGCAGUCUUGGGGUUUGCGACGCUCUCCGCAUUCAAGGUGCGUCGCCGCGGAGGAUGCCAUGUUUCAACGGCCGACAUGUCGACAGGUGUUGUUGAGUCUGUGGCUCAUGGUUCAUGCGAGCACGUCCGGUCGGUUGUCGUCGCAGUGGAAGGCGGCGAGUCCAGCCAAGAAGGAAGUACAUGCCAAGGAAGACAGCUAGCUAGGUCGACAGCCAACUCGGACCGUCCGUGAGUUGGACAGAGGCGGUGUCGCAGCAAAAAAAAACCACGUGAUUGAAACCACUUCUAUUGAAGAUCGAGCUCCGUGGCGAGUUAAAAGAGCUGCCCCA